CAUGACCCUUUACUCUGUCGUAAACACAACAUUUAGUAAUUAAAACGCCGAUGGAAAAUUAAGCUCUGGAAAUAGCGUAGCGGAGGCUUUUUGGGGUAGCCGGCGAAGCAAUUCGUUAAUUCUCCAUGGAUAUGGAGAAGAAAGAGGGUAAAGCCUCCCUGUUGUGGUUCGAAACCUCGGACUCUGUUUGUCGCCAACACCAGUUUGAGCCCGAUGGUCGACUCUCCGUUGUGAUUGUUGGUGAUUCCAGGCCCUUCUACCAAAGGGUGGUUGGAGCUUUCAUGAAUAAAUUUUAUCCCUCGGGAUAUCCAUACAGUGUGAAUGAAGGCUACCUUAGAUACACACAGUUUCGAGCCCUGCAACAUGUUACCAGGGCAGCGCUAUCGGUGCUAUCAACUCAGUCCUUACUAUUUGCUGCAGGGUUGCGGCCCACUCCUGCACAAGCGACAGCUGUUAGUUGGAUUUUGAAGGAUGGAAUGCAACAUGUGGGGAAGGUGAUCUGUAGCAAUUGGGGUGCUAGAAUGGAUUCUGAGCCUAAACGUUGGAGACUGCUAGGUUUGCAUGUGGGCUGCUUUAUACUUUCUGCAGCUGAUGUUCUCUAUGAUAUAGGCAUUGGCUUAGAAGUUCUUUCUCCAUUAUGCCCACAUCUUUUUCUUGAAGUGGCAGGCUUAGGAAAUUUUGCAAAGGGGAUAGCAGUUGUUGCAGCAAGAGCAACAAGGUUGCCCAUAUAUUCUUCAUUUGCUAAAGAAGGAAAUCUCAGCGACCUAUUUGCUAAAGGGGAGGCUUUCUCAACUCUCUUUAGUGUUAUAGGAAUUGGAGUUGGAAUUCAAUUAGCAUCUACUAUCUGCGGAUCAAUGCAGGGAAAGUUGGUUGCGGGUCCUCUCCUUUCAAUUAUACAUUUAUACAGCGUGUCUGAAGAAAUGAGAGCAACUCCUAUCAAUACCUUGAAUCCACGAAGAACUGCAAUGGUGGUGGAUGAUUUUCUCAAGGCAGGAGUUGUAUCAAGCCCUUCUGAUCUAAGAUAUAGGGAAAAUCUGCUGUUUAAUCUGCAACUCAAAGAAGAUACGGGAAAUGUAAAAGUGGGGAAGGCUGUGCACAAGGCCAUUAGGCCUUCCAGGCUUUGCAGUCACAACCAUAUAGUCCUAUACUUCCAACCCUACUUUUACUUCUAAAAUACUUUUCCACGACAAACAACAUGGCAACCAUGAGAAAAAGAAAUCAUUUACAAGCACCAAAAGGUAACUGUGGAAGUUUGUGCAUUAAGCAAUGUAGGAUGUCAAUAUACCUAUAUAUGGAUCAGUGAUAGGCAGAAUCAUGAACCCCCAUGUGAUGCAUUAAGUCUUCUCCUUUCACACGCUCUUCUCACUUCCCAAUAUUCUCUUUUCAUGUUUACACUUUAUGUUGCACCAUCUGCUACGCAAUGUUAACGGCUCCUAAAAGACGUAAGAGAGGUUGGUUCAGAAACUGUAUUGUGUUGCUUUUAUGUCACGUUUUCUUCCUUCUCUUCCUAUAAAUUACUUUCGCUCUCUUUACAUUUUUUUCCCACAUCUCUCUUUUCAUUGUACUUCAAAUCUUUCUCUUUCUCUAUCGCUCUACCACUUUCUUCCACUGCAGGUGCAUCCAUUCUCUAAUAUUAUUAUUAUAUAAAAUUGCAUUCUUUUUUCGUAUUGUCAUGCAUCUUUCUAAUGCGUCACUCCAUGCAUGCAUCACGGGACUAUCAUUCUACUCUCGAGUCCUUAGUUCUUUUUCUUGUGACAGUUAAGAUCCGUUUCAUGUGUUUUCCUUCGCUUUACGUUCAUGCUCAUGAUUUCAUUCCUCUUAAUCUGUAAUACUUGUUUGAGCUGUUCCUGAUCACUUCCAAC